AUGCCGGCGUAUACAAUGUCAUGCUUCAAAAUACCGCUCCCGCUGUGUAAACAGAUUCAGUCUAUGCUCACUAAGUUCUGGUGGGACGCUAACCCGGAGAAGAGAAAGAUGUGUUGGGUUGCUUGGUCUACGCUUACCUUGCCGAAAUAUGCAGGCGGGUUAGGUUUCAGAGAUGUGGAGACGUUCAAUGACGCCUUACUAGCUAAGGUAGGAUGGCGCAUCAUCCAGCAACCAACAUCUUUGAUUGCUCAGGUCCUGUUGGGAAAAUAUGCUAAGAACUCUACCUUUAUGGAAUGCUCGGCCUCCUCUUCGAUGUCACAUGGAUGGCGGAGCAUCCUCGCUGGACGUGAUACACUAAAGAAAGGGUUGGGAUGGAUAGUUGGGAGCGGAGAUAAGAUAUGGGUAUGGAAGGACCCAUGGCUCUCAUGUGAGGAACCGAUGACCCCAAUAGGACCUGCGAACUUGCGAGACACGGAACUGCUAGUAAGUGACCUUUUAUGCCCUAUCUCAAACUCUUGGGAUUUGGACAAGAUAAGGCUCUACAUCCCUCAGUAUGAGGAGCAUAUUUUACGCAUUGUCACAAGCUCGGCGCCCGCACCUGACCAUCUAGAGUGGCUUCCAGAUAAGUCAGGGAACUACACUACCAAGACAGGUUACGACUUAGAUAUGACCAGUGCUGUUGAGACUGAUACCUCAUUGUCUUCUUUCAACUGGAAUAAGAACAUAUGGAAUAUCAAAACGUCACCAAAGAUCAAAGACUUCUUAUGA